CGCUUCCCCACAUCCAAGUCAUACCCAACAAACCCACUAAAACCAAACCAAACCAAAAUCCAAGCCUAAACCGCCUUUCCUAUACCCUAAAACCGGAUCCAAAGCAUUCAAUAGGGUCCCUUUAAUGUGCUUGAAAUAAAAGAGAAAAUAUCCAGACCUUGCGUUAUUAACCCACAAUCGAAGUGGAUCUCGGAUCUUCUCAUCUUAUCCGAUCCGCUUCUGUCCAACGAACAAACCCAUACCGGAUCCUAUCUUUUCUCCUUUCCCCUUUUCAACAAAAACCUUUCCGGAUCCCCUGAUCGGACUCUGUGACUUCCAACAAUCCAAAACAAAAAUCGAAGCUUCUGCUUUAAUCCAUACUUGCCCCACAGAACCUUAUGCAAUGGAAAUUUCAACUGAACCAGCCAUUAAGAAACCAAAGAGGUUAACUUCUGUAGUGUGGAAUCACUUUGAAAGGGUCAGGAAGGCUGACGUAUGUUAUGCUGUUUGUGUACACUGUAACAAGAAACUCAGUGGAUCAAGUAACAGCGGAACUACACAUCUGAGGAAUCACUUACUACGAUGCUUAAAACGAUCUAAUUGUGACUUGUCACCACUACUUGCAAAGAGAAGGAAAAAGGAAACUUCCCUUAGCCUUCCAAAUGUUAGCUAUGAUGAAGGGCAAAGAAAAGAUGAAUAUCUAAAGACUGCGAUAAUAAAAUAUGAUCAGGACCAGAGAAAAGAUGAUGUUAUCAGCCUGGGAAGUAGUAGGUUUGAUCAAGAGCGGAGUCAGCUUGAUCUUGCCCGCAUGAUCAUAGUACAUGGUUAUCCUUUGGCUAUGGUUGAGCAUGUGGGAUUCAAAAAAUUUAUCAAAAACCUCCAGCCUUUAUUUGAGUUUGUGCCAAAUAGCUCCAUUGAACUCUCCUGUGUGGACAUUUAUGUGAAAGAGAAACAGAAAGUAUAUGAGAUGAUAAAUAGAUUGCAAGGCAGAAUUAACCUUUCCAUUGAAAUGUGGUCUUCUCCAGAAAACACGGAGUACUUGUGUUUGACAUCGUAUUUUAUCGAUGAGGACUGGAAAUUGCAAAAGAAGAUUAUAAAUUUCAUGACACUUGAUUCUUCUCACACUGAAGAUAUGCUUUCAGAAGUUAUUAUUAAGUGCCUCAUGGAUUGGGACAUUGAGUGCAAGCUGUUUGCCAUGACAUUUGAUGAUUGUUCCUCUGAUGAUGAUAUUGUCCUUAGAAUCAAGGAUCGAAUCUCUCAAAACAGGCCCCUUUUGAGUAAUGGCCAGUUAUUUGAUGUGCGUUCAGCUGCACAUGUUUUGAAUUCGAUUGUUCAAGAUGCCAUGGAAGCACUUCGAGAAGUUACCCAAAAAAUUCGAGCAAGUGUUAGACAUGUUAAAAGUUCACAGGUAACACAAGGGAAAUUUACGGAGAUAUCCCAGCAACUUGGAAUCACCAGUCAGAAGAUCUUGGUUCUUGACUCCCCAAUUCAAUGGAACUCAACAUAUCUAAUGCUUGAAACGGCCUUAGAGUACAGGGGCUCAUUUUCUCUGCUGCAAGAGCAUGACCCAGCGUAUACAACAGCCUUAACUGAUACAGAGUGGGAAUGGACAAGUUCCAUCACUAGUUAUUUGAAACUUUUUGUUGAAAUCACUAAUGUCUUUUCUGGGAACAAAUGCCCCACGGCAAAUAUGUAUUUCCCUGAGAUUUGUGAUGUUCAUAUUCAAUUAAUUGAAUGGUGCAAGAGCUCAGAUAAUUUCCUUAGCUCCAUAGCAUCUCAGAUGAAAGCCAAGUUUGAUAAAUAUUGGAUCAAGUGUAGUUUAGCUUUGGCAGUAGCAGCCAUCUUAGAUCCACGAUUCAAGAUGAAAUUAGUAGAAUAUUAUUAUUCUCAGAUAUAUGGUAGUACAGCUCUCGAUCGAAUCAAAGAAGUUUCAGAUGGUAUUAAAGAACUUUUUAAUGCUUAUUCUAUUUGUUCAACAUUAGUGGAUCAAGGUUCAGCUUUGCCUGGCAGCAGUUUACCAAGUACCAGUACUGAUAGUAGAGACAGAUUAAAGGGCUUUGACAAGUUCUUGCAUGAGACUUCUCAAAGUCAGAGUGUAGCAUCAGAUUUAGACAAAUAUUUAGAGGAACCAGUCUUCCCUCGCAAUUGUGAUUUCAAUAUACUGAACUGGUGGAAGGUUCACACGCCGAGGUAUCCUAUCUUGUCAAUGAUGGCACGUGAUGUUCUAGGGACACCAAUGUCUACUGUUGCACCAGAAUCCGCAUUCAGAACUGGAGGUAGGGUGCUGGAUAGUCAUAGAAGUUCACUAAAUCCAGACAUUCGACAAGCUCUAAUAUGUGCACGGGAUUGGUUGCGAGGGGAACCCGAAGAGCUCAACCCGUCCUCUGCAUUAGCGCUCUACGUUGAAGGAAAUUAGUCUUGCCAUGGUCGAUGAAUGUGUUCUCAGCUACAUGGUGUCCCUGUUUUCAACACUUGAGCAUCCUCCUGGUGGGACUGUAGUUAAAUUUCUUUUGUAUGUCCAUAUUUUAGUGUGAGUAGAUUGGUGAUUGUGUGGAGUUGAUCCAUCAUCAAGAAGCCAUUUGUACAGUUGAGGACAGUGAUUGAAUGUUUAGAUUGACAAUUUAGAUUGAGGAAACCUACUCUUACAUUGUGGAUAAUGAUGCCAUUCCUGUUCCUGUCCUUUCACUUUCCAGGAUGCGGACAUCAGACAUCUGUUGGGCAGAGCCCAGUUUUCUUGAAAGUUUUAUAUGUAAGAUGAAAUUGAAACUAAAUAUAGGCCUAGUUUGCUAUAA